AAAUAAGUGUGUGCGUCAUUUCCGUUGUCAGGUGGUGCUGUCGCUGUGGAAAGAUGCGAUCAGCGAAGCGCGGAGGCUUUUCCUUAAUUGCUCAUUUCGGUAACAGAGGCUAAACAACCCGAAACCAACCCUCUGUGGUCUCUCAUGUUCAAGCGAGAAGCUCCGCACAUCCACCACAGCGAUUACCCAAGAAAUAUCCAUGUUGUAAGCAGACAAAGCAGACUUUACCCGGCGGUUUUGGCUCGAGAGCUCCAGUAUGUCGAAGCGGCGCUCGUCGGAAAGGGGGGCUGGAGAGACAUCAGGCAGGGCCAGCAAGCUGCAGUGUCCUGGGAUAUCCGGCAAUAAUGCCAAGAGAGCCGGGCCCUUCAUCCUUGGACCUCGCCUGGGCAACUCACCAGUGCCCAGCAUAGUUCAGUGUCUGGCCAGAAAGGACGGCACUGAUGACUUCUAUCAGCUCAAAAUCCUUACGCUGGAGGAGCGAGUGGACUCUGCAGGGGAGACUCAGGAGGAGAGGCAGGGGAAGAUGCUGCUACACACAGAGUACUCCCUCCUUUCUCUGCUGCACAACCAGGAUGGGGUGGUCCACCACCAUGGCCUCUUCCAGGAUCGAGCCUACGAAAUAGUGGAGGACAUGGAGGCCAACAAAGUGCGCAAGAUGAAGAAGCGGAUCUGCCUUGUGCUUGACUGCCUGUGUGCUCAUGACUUCACCGACAAGACGGCAGAUCUAAUAAACCUCCAGCAUUACGUUAUAAAGGAGAAACGACUGAGCGAGCGCGAGGCCAUUGUCAUCUUCUACGAUGUGGUGCGUGUGGUAGAAGCCCUUCAUAAGAAAAACAUUGUGCACAGAGACCUCAAGCUGGGAAACAUGGUGCUGAACAAACGGACUCACCGAAUCACUGUCACCAACUUCUGCCUGGGAAAGCACCUGGUGAGCGAGGACGACCUGCUGAAAGACCAGAGAGGAAGUCCAGCCUAUAUCAGUCCUGAUGUAUUAAGUGGUCGGCCGUACCGGGGUAAACCCAGUGACAUGUGGGCUCUUGGCGUGGUCCUGUUCACCAUGCUGUAUGGCCAGUUCCCUUUUUAUGACAGCAUACCUCAGGAGCUCUUCCGCAAGAUCAAGGCUGCAGAGUACUCCAUCCCAGAAGACGGCCGUGUGUCUGAGAACACUGUGUGCCUGAUCCGUAAGCUGUUGGUGUUAGACCCUCAGCAGAGGCUUACUGCAGGAGAGGUGCUGGAGUCGCUCGGUGGCAUCAUUGCAUCAUGGCAGUCUGUUUCAUCGUUGAGUGGCCCUCUGCAGGUGGUGCCUGAUAUUGACGAUCAGGUCAAUCACCCAGAACAUCUGCAAGAGGCCAAGGUGAUAGAAGAGUCUUCACAGUACGAGUUUGAGAACUACAUGCGCCAGCAACUGCUUUUGGCUGAAGAGAAGAACACUAUCCAUGAGACCAAGAGCUUCCUCACCAAGCGCCAGUUUGGCAGCAUCCCACCUGUAAGGCGUCUGGGCCAUGACGCCCAGCCUGUCAGUCCGCUAGAUGCUGCCAUUCUGGCACAACGUUUCCUCCGGAAGUAGUCCUCAACUACCCAUGGCAGCCUCCCUGACCUCCCCAGGGAGUGCAGAGACCUGUGGAGUUCAGACUGAGGACUGAGGAGGAUAAGCCCCGAAAUUGAACUGGCAUACAUCAGGCCCAGCCUGAACCAGGGUGCAGACCACCCCAAUGCGUAGGUGGGCUUUGGGCAAGCUAGGUGGAGCAGGUAUGAGGAGGGCACCAGAAAAAACUGCCAGUUUAAAAACGUCACUCCUUGUGUCUGGAUCAUCCAGUGAAACAUGGAAAGCCCCGAAAGGAAGAUAUGAACCAAAGGUUCCUUGCCCUCAGGUCACCCACAGUCAGAUCUCACUGUGCAACCAACCUAAUGACACAUUCACCCAUGGGGCUCACACAGUGCUCAGUCAAGAGAGACAAUUAACCCCAUAUUCCUCGUCCUUUUGAGAUCUCCCUACCGUAACACUUCCCUCAACUCUGGACCCCCUGAGCAAUACAGGACCAGAAUCAUGUAGCAACCCCCUCUAUUCCAAGUGGUAAAUGGUAUUGCCUCGAGUCGGAGCCCCUGAUCACAGAUGUCACUUCUCUGUACCUCCAUUCCACCUUCCUCCUCUCACUCCUUCCACUCUGCUGUUCUCCUGCACCGAAAAAUGAUCCAGACUGGGCCCGUCUGUAACUCUGACUUCAAAUCAAUCUACCUCUCUGUCUCUCUUCUUUGUUGGUAAACCAUGCUCACUGUUCUGAGACAAGGGAUUGUAACAAUGGAGUCUUGAUGCCACCAGUGACAUAAAGCAUUAAUGUUUUCUGUCAGCGAUAAUGCGUUUUUGAAACCUUUUCAGUGGUUUCAAAAAAA